AUGGACGCCCGCUUGAGCAUUGAAGGCGUCUCGGCCGUCAGCGGUGGCCAAACGAAUGCGGGAAAGCUUCGCCUGACCGACUUCCACCUGGUCUUCUGUGCACCCGUGCCCAACUCCACGACAGACCCGUCAGAGAAACCUCGGACGCGAGAGAAAUGGAUCCCUUUCCCCAUGAUCUCUAACUGCGUCUAUCGACCGGUGCCGCCGGGGUCUAGACAACCUCCUACUAUACGUCUACGAUGCCGCGACUUUACGUUUAUCGCAUUCAACUUCACAAACCCGGACAGUGCCCGCGAUACGUAUGAAUUCAUCCGAACGCGCACAUGCAAGCUUGGUACCGUCGAGAAACUCUACGCGUUCAGCCACAAACCGCUUAAGAACGAAAAGGCUGUCGACGGGUGGAACUUUUACGACCCUAAAGCCGAGUUCAGAAGGCAAGGUAUCAGCGAGAAGCUUCCGGACAAGGGUUGGAGGGUUACGAAUAUCAAUCACGACUACAGCUUCUGCGACACGUAUCCAGCGGUCUUGGUGGUUCCCUCUAAGAUUUCGGAUAAUGUCCUCAAAUACGCUCGAGAUUUCCGGUCACGAAACCGCAUACCGGCGCUGUCAUACAUUCACCCAAUCAACAAUUGCACAAUUACCAGGAGCUCCCAACCUUUGUCAGGGAUGACUCGUAAAAGCAAUGUGCAAGAUGAGAAGCUUGUGGCGGCGUCGUUUUCAGCUUCGGUUCCUAUCUCCUCUGAGGACGGGACGCCGACUACGAGCCAGCAUGACCUAAAGGAAGAUAUUCCUUCCGCUACUGCUGCUGGCGCACCUGCAUCCGACCUUGAAAGCUUGGAGGAUGAUAUGUUGGCAAACUCAAAAGGGCCAAUGUGGGACGAAAAGACAGGAAAGCGGCUCAUUUACGGCGCACAACAGAACAACUUGAUCGUCGAUGCUCGCCCCACGAUCAACGCAAUGGUAAAUCAUAUCCAAGGUAUGGGAACUGAGAACAUGGACAAGUACAAGUUUGCGUCAAAGGCCUACCUCAGUAUCGGAAACAUUCACGUCAUGCGCAAGUCACUGAAGAAGGUUGUCGAUGCCCUCAAGGACACCGACCUCGUCCCGCUGGGACCGGCGCGCGAAAUGCUGCACCAGAGCGAUUGGCUCAGGCAUACCCGCGAUGUUCUGGACGGCGCUUCUAUCAUUGUGCGCCAAAUCGGCUAUCACCACUCCCACGUUCUCAUUCACUGCUCUGAUGGAUGGGACCGUACGAGUCAACUCAGCGCGUUGGCGCAGAUCAUGCUAGAUCCUUUUUUCCGGACGAUUGAUGGCUUCAUCACGGUCGUUGAGAAGGACUGGCUGUCAUUUGGGCACAUGUUCCGACUGCGUUCCGGCCACCUGAACCACGAAAGCUGGUUCAGUGUACAGAAAGAUGCAUUUGCUGGUUCUAAAAUCCAACCAGGAGAGAGCGAUGAUCGGAACGACGCAUUCCAAAACGUCCUCAGCGGUGCGAAACGUCUCUUCAACCAGAGCAGCAAAGACGACGGAGAUCUCGAUGCCGUCAGCGAGCAGGCCACUGGCAAGGUCGUGAAUGAAGAGGCGACCACCCCAAACAUGACGAGUCCCGUCUUUCACCAAUUCCUAGAAUGUGUGUACCAGUUGCUUCGGCAAUUUCCGGACAGAUUUGAGUAUAACGAACGCUUCCUUCGCCGCCUCCUAUAUCACCUGUACUCUUGCCAGUACGGCACCUUUUUGUACAACUCUGAGAAGCAGAGAAAAGAUGCCCGCGUCGCGGAGCGGACUUCGUCUGUGUGGGAUUACUUCCUCUGCCGCCGGCAAGAGUUCACCAAUCCUCAAUACGACCCGAAUACCGAUGACCACGUCAAGGACCGCGAACGAAUCAUUUUCCCAAAUCUGACGGAAGUCAGAUGGUGGCAUCAGCUGUACGGCCGCACAGAUGACGAAAUGAACGGCGCUCUCAAUGCUGCUGCCACAGCCGAGCAGGAUCGCCAGGCAGCGAUUUCUAGUCUCCGCGGUGAGGGAACACCUCGGUCCUCGACUUCAACACCGCAACCCCCUGGUUUAGGCAAGGGCCACUCUGUGCUUGCCGCCGUUGAGACAGCCCAUGAGACGUUGACCCCCGAUGAUGGCACUCGCUCGCGUAGGCAUAGUGCGUCUGCCGAGGAUCGGAAUGCCUUCACCGCUCUCAAAGACGGCAUCGCGGGCUUGGGCCUUGGUAAAGGGAUGCUUGGAAAUGUCGCCCCUAACAGCGACGGGCACCCGAAUGCGGAAACGGUUUCGACACAUAUACCAGCACCACAGCGUAGCGACCAGGAGCUGCGAGACAUGACGUAG